CGCAGUGGCUGUUCGGUGACGAGGAGGAGCGCAUCAUCUUCAUCAUCACCGUCAUCAUCUUCAUUACUGAAACCCAUUUGGAGUUAUUCAAAUCACGUGACUCACUUUUUGUUUUUGUACGGGAGUUGAAGACUGGACUUAUUAUUAUUGUUUUAUUUCUUCUAAACUUGCUCACAGGUGUUAAAACUUCGGAUUGUAAGAAAAAGAAGGAGGUUCGCGUAUCUUCCCCGUUGGAUCCGGUUCCGGUCCAGUCCGCCAGGCCACACGUAUAUUCCGGUUGUGCAGACUUGAAUUCGGAUUGGAAACACUUCCGCUUGACUCCACCAUGAGGUCGCUCAGUUCGCCGUAGGCGCACUAUCUUCUUCGCUCAGCUACCGAGGAGACCCACUCUCCUCGCCCCGGAAUCGAGCGCCUUCACCGCUGGGAAUCGAGUGCCUUCACCCGACCGCGCGCGCGGAGCUUUGCCGCCCGAGGAAGGAUGGAGCCUACCCGGGCGAGAGGAGUGCGAGGACCCGGAGGACGAGCGCGGUACUGGAGCACGCUGCUGCUCGUCUUGUGGGAAGUAUGCGUCGGUCACGCCGGAUCAUCCAGUCCCGGCCAGGUGGCACCAGACUUGACCCAGCCCCGGUUCGCCACCUCCCUGCCCACCUACCUUCCGGUGCAGUGCCAACUAAGUGGCGCUGACUCUGCCUUCUUCCUGCGCGAUACCAACCAGGACGGGAUCCGCAACGGGAGCCUGGCAUCACGCACCGAGCAUUUCGUCCUGCACCACCUGGAGUCAGGUGUGGCUGCGCCACAGACCUUGCCCGCCGUGGUGUGCAGCUACGGCAAUUUGAGCACUGAGCGGCAGAUCCCCGUGGAGUUGCUGCAGGGGCCGCCGCCCAGUCUGCAGCCCACCGCCAGUCACGUCACCCUCAAGUGGAAGGUGAAGGGCCAUGUGGUGGUGCCCAAAGUGGGGGCCACGCAGCCCUGGAUACAGGUUCUCUUUUACCUGAUUGGCCGCCGUUGGGACGAGUCCGAUCCACCUCCUCCGCACCUCCUCCCGUGUGUCCGAGCCUUGGCGGUACGAGACCCCAGCGAGGCGGCUCCUUCGGCUGGCUGCCGACUGGUUGGACCAUCCGGCAUCUGCGUGGUCCGCUUGGAAAUUCCCCCCGCCUGGUUUGUACCCCUGCAGGCCAAAAGACGACCGGCCGAGGGGGCACUGCCCUCCCUGGAUGUGUACUACUCCAUUAUACCUGUGGAAGGAGCCGGACUAGAGUGUCCUUCUAUUGUGAAUGAGCCGUGGAAAAGUUUGAAUGUGAACAGUGGCCCUCUUGGUGGUCUGGGCAUAAACCCGUGGAGCCCCCUGAUAGAAGGAGGACUUCAGGACAUGCAGAAAGCCGGCUUGGUGGCCAUGAGCGUGGGCCCGGUGGCACCCAAAGGGGAGGUACUGACUCUAGACCACAACUUGGAUGUCCUGGUGCCCCCCAGCCCAGUCCGGCUGGGCAAGACGGUGGCGUUCACAGUCUACAUGAAGACAACGUCGCACGCUGAGCAAUUCAUCCUGAGGGUGUGGUUCCAGUCGGGAAUCAGCUUCGUAGCGGUGAAGCCCAGCGACCUGGUGCCCUGGGAGAUCAAACAGGAAAUGGCGCCUAGUGGAGGAUCGUUGGCCGUCAUGUGCCAGAGGAAGAUGUUGUCUACCGCCACCGCCAGGUUGGAGAGUCCGUCUUACGAGGUAAUGCAGUUGGAUUUUGAGGUGGACAACGUGAUCACUUUGGCCCCCACCCAAACUUUGCACUGGAGCGUGGAGUAUGCAUCUGGAGCUCCGUCUUCCGCUGAAAGAGUGUCGCACCUUUACGUGAGCAACGCGGACAUCCAGGGCAUCGUACCUCUCGCACAGGACACAGAGGUGUUGAACACGGCGAUCCUGACUGGUCACCGGGUGUCUCUGCCCGUCAAGCUGGUCACGGUGGGGACGGACGGCCAAGUGAGAGAAGUGGACGACUCGGUCAGCUGCAGCUCAGCCGACGUCGACGUGCUCAAAGUGUCUUCGAACUGCGAUGAGGUUCUGGUGAAUGGCAAGGAGAUGCGCGGGCGUCACAGGGUGACGGUGGCCUUCGCCUACAUGCACCUGACGGCGAGCCUGCCGCUCACCGUUUGGGUGCCUAAGCUGCCUCUGCAGAUCCAUGUGUCUGACACCGAGCUCAGCCAGGUCAAGGGCUGGCGCGUGCCCAUCGCCCCCAACACCGCCGCCAAUGCCAACAACAGGAGGCCGACCCGAGACAGCGAAGAUGACGAAGACGACGAGAGGAAGGGCAAAGGAUGCACCCUGCAGUACCAGUACGCCCUGGUGAGAGUCCUCACCCACUUUGUGGCAGAGCCCUCCGACCCGGGAGGUGAGGUAGUCCACAUGCUAGGCGGCGACUGGCAGGCCGACAUCACUCACCUGGUCCUGGAUCAGCUCAAGGUGGAAGAUGAACGCAUCGCCAGGCUGGUAGACAGACGCGUUCUUAUUGGACGAGACCUGGGCAUCACCACCAUACAAGUGUUGUCACCUCUGUCCGACUCCAUCCUAGCAGAGAAGACCGUGACCGUGUUGGAUGACAAGGUCACCAUCGCAGACAUGGGGGUCCAGUUGGUCGCCUCGCUGUCGCUCAGCAUGGCGGCCGCUGGUGGAAAUUAUCAAGCCCUACAGCUGACCGCCACCGCCAGCGACCUAAUGCAUGCCCCCAAACAGGAAGCAGCCAUCAGUGCCUGGAUCCACUACAGUGAUGGCUGCAUUACGCCACUGGACAUCUAUGACCCCAAAGACUUCCUGCUGUCUGCCGUGUCAUUGGAUGACGCUGUCAUCUCCAUAACCAAUGAGGAGCAACACUGGCCUGUGGUGGUGGCGGAGGGCGAAGGCCAGGGGGCACUGGUGCGUGUGGAGAUGGUGAUAUCGGAGACAUGCCAGAAGUCCAAGAGGAAGAGUGUGUUAGCGUCGGGCGUCGGCAAAGUGGCGGUCAAGUUUGGCGAUGGGAGAGGAGGAGACGGAGGCGGAGUUCCUGAAAAAGGAGACAGGCCGGACAACGGCACUGAGCAGCUGAGAGCUGGAGAGGAAGCAGAGUGGAAGUCCAGAAGUGUGGUGGUGGCCGAGGACCUUGAGGAAGGCGCUAUGAGGAAGGUCAGCUUAACGACCAAGAGUACCGUGACCCAUCGGGCGUCGAGCGGGAAAGCAGGCAGUGGCAGCGGGGUUGGCGGCAAGGGUACGAGCCAAACGGGUGACUACGCCGGUUACCCGGCACAAGUGGAGGUGCCCGGACCCUUGGACAGCGAGCUGACCCAGACCACCAGAGGACUCUCAGACCUGGAGAUCGGCAUGUACGCCCUCCUGGGGGUCUUCUGUCUGGCCAUACUCGUCUUCCUCAUCAACUGUGUCAGCUUUGCCUUCAGAUAUCGCCACAAGCAGGUGCCCGUCCUGGAGACAGGUGGAAACAUGAACCACGCCCACGACUGGGUGUGGCUGGGCAAUGACGCCGACCUCCUAGCAGACCACCCGGACCAUCCGGACCCGUGUCCGGGGGCGCUGCCCGACGAGUGCACCACCAUCAUUGACCGUGGCGAGGACACCUACGAGGAGAACAAGUACCUCCUGAACGGGGCGGGUACCGCCUUGGCCGUGGCUGCCAACAGGGGCGGCGGGGGGCACCGCGGUGUCUCCCACAGCCAGACCUUACCCCGGUCCCUCCCGGACUCCCACCAGUGCCUUUCCACCAUCACCGCUGCCCGACACGACACCGAGCAUCUCAACAACUCCCCCAGGGCGUCCGCCAAACGCAAACGGGUCAAAUUCACGUCAUUUGCCACUGUGCUGCCCAACGACCACCAUCAGGGCGGAGCUCGGGGCAGCAGCCCAUACGCCAACCCCUCGGUCCUGCUCGGGAAGGGCGGUGAGGACGACAUCAAGUGGGUCUGCCACGAUGUGGACAUGAGCCAGUCAGAAAUGAGGAGCUACAUGGAGAGGCUACAAGACAGUUUGUGACUAUGUGGCGGGUGGGGCGGUGUGGUGGACGGGGGACAGAGGGGGGCCGCCCAGGAGAGUCUGCCACGAUGUGGACAUGGCCCAGUCGGAAAUCAGCAGCUACAUGGAAAGGCUAAAAUACAAUUUGUCGAGGGACUGAGUGGCAAACAGGGAGACCAGUCGCGUGGCACCCAGGAGAUUCUGUCACAUUUUAUGUGAUGGAACAGCAGGGGGGUUGGGAGGUUGGUCUCAAGGGGGCUGGCGCCCAGUAGGAACCGGGCAUAUGGAUCUGGGUGAAUCCAUGAUGACAAUUCACCUGUGAGGCCUUUUGGAUACAAGGGAGCACGGGAAGGACGGACGUGAAGGGAAGGAUGGCAAGGAUUGGCCAAGAAUGUUGUGCAACACACACAGGAAGUGCAAAUAAAGUUAACGCAAUAAAAGACAACAAUUCAAAAUGAGAGCGUUAAAAAAAAAACAUUAGAGGCUUUUAAUUUGGAGGGUGUGCCGGGAAGAGUGUACAAAGCGACCAUGAAGUUGACGCUUUUGUUGUCAUUACUAGGAAACCAUUGUGCUUUUCACAAUAAGUUACCAUUCGCAUAAAAACAAGUGUUAUUUUUUUAUUUUAUAUAUUUUCAUUGCAAUGAUCCAUUUAGGUUUAUGAUCUAUUUUUAAUAUUCUCAAAAAAUGUUUUAUUUUGCCAUUUCCUCUAUACAAAAUUGCACAAUGGAGCCCUUUCCUAACUACAAAAUAAAAUACUUUAGCGCCAAAAGUGGGCGACUGCGAUAUAAGAGGCACUCAAACUUGCACAAGUAGCGACAGGAAGUCACAAUAAGACAAAGUCAUUUUGAGCUUUUACUUUGUAGGCCGGGACUAGUGUACAAAGCAACCAUCAAGUUGGCACUUUUGACACCAUUACCAGGAAACCUAUUCUGCUUGUGUGGGGGCGUGUGUGUGCGUGCGUGUUAUUUCUUGGCUACAAAAUUUAUCAAUGGAUACAUUUCCUGGCUGCAAAAUGAGACUUUGGCAUCAGAAGUUGGGGGGGGAAUGCGCCUGGACUCAAACUUGCACAAUUAGCAACAGGAAGGGAGAUCAUUUCUUGUUGUUUCAAAUGAAAGAACUUCCAGCCAUUGACAGCGCAAUCUGCUCCCUAUCGACUCCUCCUCCCUCCUCUCUUUACGUGAAAAGACUUUUCUGCUUCCUGUAGGUGAAGCUAUAGCGAGACAAUGGACCACUUAUCUAAAGUAGAUUUGAAUUCUUUUUAGUUUUAUUUUGAAAUAUAGUCAGUUUUUCCCUGUGUUCUUUGCAAAUGUGUUGGACUUUUAUUUUAGAGAUGAAUUAUGAUUAUUUAUUUAAAUUAAGCACCUAGGUGGGGUUGGGGGGUAGCACAUGAGGGGGGCCUCACCUUUGUGGUUUUGUGUUAAAAGCUCAGGUGAUGACGCAGAGAACAAUAACAAUAAACAGAGACAACGACCACAUCGUUAGGACGGCAAUAUUUAUUAUUUGUAAAUGUGAGUUAGAGUGCAAUGUAAUCAAAUGUUGUAAGUAAAUAAACAUGAUCAAAACAAGA